AUGGAAGCUCCGGGAUCAUCAAAGCCGAUGAUAGCAACCCAAGAAGAAAUGGUAGAAGCCAGAGUCCCAAUCCCAUACCGAGACCAAUGCGCCCAUUUGCUCAUCCCUCUCAACAAGUGCCGCCAGGCCGAGCUUUAUCUCCCCUGGAAAUGCGAGAACGAGCGCCACACUUACGAGAAGUGCGCCUAUGAGCUCGUCAUGGAGCGCAUGCUUCAGAUGCAGAAGAUCCGCGAACAAGAAGCCAAGCUUAAACAGCCCAAUAAGCAGGGCGGCCUUAUCCCUCUCAUCCCCAAAACUGCUAAUGCUUAG